AGUAGCAAACUCCACUGCCGAUGUAUAUCUCGCGUCUCUUCGUCUCGUAUCGAGAUGCCUGCGCGAGCCGUGACAUUGACACGGCUCAACCGUGUCUGAUGCUCUAGUUUCGUCAACUCCGUGUAUCUCUCUCUUUCUCUCUCUUUUUCUCUCCCUCCCGUUGCGCGUCCCGAUGUCGACGAUCUCUCGCGUCGCGAACGCGUCGCAGAUCGAUUGUUUUCGCGCCUCUCUUCGGUGCCGUUCGUAAUGUAUUCUCGCGUAUGACAUAAACAGGUUAUAUACCUGUCAUAUGAUGCAUAUAUAUAUAUGUGUGUGUAUAUAUAUAUAUAUACAUAUAUAUGUGUCCAGCGUACGUACGACUCUGUGCAUACAUUAUAAGAAAACAUGCCUCUGUUCGGCAAGUCCCAGAAGAGUCCGGCGGAAGUGGUGAAGGCUCUGAAGGAGGCGGUAAACGCGUUGGAGCGCGGCGACAAGAAGGUAGAGAAGGCGCAAGAGGACGUCAGCAAGAAUCUGGUGCACAUUAAAAACAUGCUGUACGGCACGGCCGAGACGGAGCCGCAGGCGGACAUCGUGGUGGCACAGUUAGCGCAGGAGUUGUACAACAGUAACCUGUUACUUCUGCUUGUGCAAAACCUGAGUCGUAUCGACUUUGAGGGCAAGAAGGAUGUCGCGCAGGUUUUCAACAACAUUCUACGGAGGCAAAUCGGGACUAGAUCACCCACAGUAGAGUACAUAUGCACCAAACCUGAAAUUCUCUUCACGCUUAUGUCUGGUUACGAACACCAAGACAUCGCGCUCAAUUGUGGCACUAUGUUACGGGAGUGUGCGAGAUACGAGGCAUUGGCUAAGAUUAUGAUUUAUUCGGACGAUUUCUACAAUUUCUUCAGAUACGUUGAAGUUUCUACGUUCGAUAUCGCAUCCGACGCUUUCUCCACGUUCAAAGAAUUACUUACGAGGCACAAAAUACUCAGCGCCGAAUUCUUAGAGAUAAAUUACGAUAAAGUUUUCUCACACUAUCAGAGGUUACUCAAUUCGGAAAACUAUGUAACACGACGACAGAGUUUAAAGCUGCUGGGUGAACUGCUGCUCGACAGACACAAUUUUACUGUCAUGACACGAUAUAUAUCGAAUCCAGAUAACUUAAAACUGAUGAUGAACAUGCUGAAGGAGAAGUCUCGCAAUAUACAAUUCGAGGCUUUCCACGUUUUCAAGGUAUUUGUCGCGAAUCCGAACAAACCGAAACCCAUCCUGGACAUAUUGCUCCGCAAUCAGGAAAAGCUGAUAGAGUUCCUGACGCGCUUCCAUACGGACCGUUCCGAGGACGAGCAGUUCAACGAUGAGAAGGCGUAUCUGAUUAAACAGAUCAAAGAACUUAAACAGUGGAGUGAAUUAGAGACGAAGAAAAGUAUAGAUCUCAUCGGUACCCCCCUCCCCCCGUGAACUCACCUUGACAAUAUAUUUCCUCGUGUAGGGAUAUUUCGCAAGGGUGAUGAGGAUGCUGCACGCCCGCUGGCAGACGAUCAUCCACGGUUGC